AUGUUCAAACAUUAUCCAAGUAAUAAUAUUCAAGUGUGGUCUCAACGCAAUGCUACCCGACUCUACAUAGUAUUAAUUAUCAUCUCAAUCAAUAUAUUAACCUUCUAUACAUCAUUGAUUAAUGAAAAUCAUCGUGAGACAAUCCUUAAUCCAACCGAAUCUGAAUACAUUCGCCUUCAAAGAAUGUAUCCAGAUAGUCUUCAAUGUCCGUGUAAUACUAUCAGUAUAUCUUAUUCUAUUUUUAUUAACAUUGAACCUCAUUAUCAUCAAGUAUGUUCCAGUGAUUUUAUAGGAGACGCUUGGCUAACUUACAUGAAAAUCAACUCAGCAGCGGCAUCCAUCGUACCUGAAGACAUACUAAUGCAGGGUGGUACUCAAAUGCCGAUUCUGGCUCAAUUUUGUAGAUCUUCUCAACAAACAACAUCUGAUUCUGUUCAAACAUUUCUUAAUAGGACAAUAGUCAAUUUGGGAGUUAUUCAAUCAGAACUAUUUCAAUUUCAAAUGAAUUCAUUCAUUAAAAUUUUUCAAUCAACUACACUAAAUCAAUUUUUAAUGAUCUUUCAACUCGUUCAAGCGACUAUUCAAGGAAAUCAUCUAACAGAUGGUAUUCGCAACAUUGUCUUUGAGAUGGACCCAUCAUUAGAAAAAGUCACUAUGCUAUUCCGUCAAUUUUCUAAUUGUUCAUGUGAUCUAUCUGACGCAUGCUCUUACCCACUGGGAUUUUUUUUCCCUUUUAUCGGUACUUACACAAGUUCGAGAUUUUUUACUUUUCCAAAUUUCGUUGGAGGGUGUACAGCAGUGAAUGGAUUGCUCGCAUCAACCUUGGAAUGUUUCUACAGUCAGUCAUGUUUGUUAGAUAUGAAUAAUCAUCGUAAUCGGCUUAUUGAUAGACCUGUUAACGAUUUUCCCUUUUCUCCAUUGAAUUCAACUCUCAAUUCACCAUAUGAAACAAUUCAAUCAAUUUUUAAUCGACUAAUGAUUGAUUCAUGGUCAUAUAAUAUUUCGUUUAGUUCUUAUUAUAAGGCGUGUGCACCACUCUCAUGUACAUAUGCAUAUAUCAGUCGAAAAUCUUUUCUUACUAUUAUAACAACAGUUAUUAGUAUUUUUGGUGGAUUAUCACUUGCUUAUAAACUCAUCAUUUUGGUUAUUCUUCGAGUUAUUGAAAAACUCAUAUUGAAUGGUUUAUUUGAUAUUAAUCUGAUGCGUUUUAUUAAAGAUAUCUUUAGUUUUCGUACUCAAGAACAAAGAAUCAACCGAUUACAUAUUAUACUGGUUAUAGCGGCUUUGUGUAUUAUAUCCAUAUUUUCUACGUUUCAAUCUCAGUUAAUAACUGUCGAAGUUGAUAAACCAUCAUUAUCGACUUAUAAAGAUUUGGCAAUACGUUAUCAAUAUUCUCUUCAAUGUCCUUGUUCACAAAUAUCAAUUACAUACGGAUUAUUUAUGACAAUUGAACCUUCUUUUCAUCAGAUUUGCUCCAGUUCAUUCGUCUCCGAUCGUUGGAUUAAUUAUUUAUAUGAUGGCGGAAAUUUAGCUGAUCGAUUUACUCAUACUGAUUUUAAAUAUUCAGCAUUUGCACAAUUCCAAUUGCUUUCCUCAUUUUGUGAUUUAUCUUAUAGCAUAGUAAAUGAUACGCUUUCACAACUGAUUACAAAUAAUCUUAUUAAUCUUGAUUUGUUAUCAUUUGAUUUAUUUGAUCAACAAAUUAAAGUGAUAGUGAAUGACUUGAAAGAAAGAAUACCUGAUUCGUUCGUCAAUAUUCUCUCAAUGAUUCGAGAAAUAACAUUCGCAAAUAAAUUGAUUAGUGGAUUGUCUACUAACGCAAUUUUUAAUAUAUCAACUUUCCCAGCUAUUGAUUAUCAAGGCGCUUUAAAUUUAAUUGCAGUAUCGGUUCGUUAUGGUGAAUGUGUUUGCAGAAUGUCGAAAACCUGUGUUCAGUCAUCUCAAGGUAUGUUCGCUGGUUGUUAUCCACUUGAUUCUCUUUUUCAAUCAAGAUUAAAAUGUUUCUAUGAUCAACAAUGUAUUGAUUCAACAAAUACUUUUAAGUCACUGAAUAGCUCACAAUCAACUCAUUUCGAUGUUAAUGCUACUAUUGAAACAAUUGUAAAUCAAUUAAUGAUCGAAACAUUUUCAGUAAAUAAAUCUUAUGAAAGUUAUUUUAAUCAAUGUUUACCAUUAUCAUGUACUUAUACAUAUACUGAUACUACCAAUGUUGCUGAAGGUAUAGCAAAUUUUGUUCAAUUUUACGGUAGUUUCGUGAUUAUUGGUCGAGUACUUGCUGUUUUAACUAUAAAAUUAUUUCAACGUCGAAACCGAAGAAUUAUUCCAGCCAUAGACUAA